CGAUUUUUCCCGUGUGGGAGGGCGUAAUUGUUGGUGCAGCCUGGGAAAUAUUCUGAAAGUUUUCCUUUCGCAUCACGACGACAACAUCACGGCCGCCCAUUUGACUCAGUUCGCCAACUCCGGGAGUCUUUCGACAAAAUGGGUAUCGAUCUCGACCGCCACCACGUGCGCAGCACUCACCGCAAGGCUCCCAAGAGCGACAAUGUGUACCUUAAGCUCCUCGUGAAGCUUUACCGCUUCUUGACCCGUCGUACCGACGCCAGCUUCAACAAGGUCAUCCUGCGCCGCCUCUUCAUGUCGCGCAUCAACCGCCCUCCCGUCUCCAUCUCCCGCAUUGUCGGCAACCUGGACAAGGAGGACAAGCGCACCGUCGUUAUUGUCGGCACCGUCACUGACGACAACCGUCUCCUGACCGUCCCCAAGCUGACCGUCGCUGCUCUGCGCUUCACCGCCACCGCCCGCGCUCGCAUCAUUGCCGCUGGCGGCGAGGCCAUCACCCUCGACCAGCUUGCUCUCCGCGCCCCUACCGGCAGCAACACCCUGCUGCUCCGCGGACCCAAGAACUCCCGUGAGGCCGUCAAGCACUUCGGCUUCGGUCCCCACAAGCACAAGAAGCCCUACGUUGAGUCCAAGGGCCGCAAGUUCGAGAAGGCCCGUGGUCGCAGACGCUCCCGUGGCUUCAAGGUCUAAGCGAUGGUGGUAUGAUAACCAACAUCGUUCGGAUCUUCACAAAAACUUGGGGGGUUGGUCGUGCACGCUCUCGUCGCGUUGGUGGACACGCUAUGGUAUGCCGAUGGGGACGAAAAUGCUCCGUCGUGCUCUACAGGGAACUUUCUGCAUGGUACUGGCGUGUUUAGGUAUCCAAAAAAGAAUUGACGACUACGAACUCUCGCACGGC